AUUCAACUGUGGAAAAUGAGACCACAUGAGUGCAGAACGGGAGAAGAAGCUGGUCUUUCUCACCGCCCGCGUUCACCCCGGAGAGUCUCCCGCCUCGUUUGUUUGUCAAGGUGUGAUUGACUUCCUGGUGAGCCAGCACCCUGUUGCUCAGAUCCUGAGAGAUCAUGUGAUCUUCAAGAUAGUCCCCAUGCUAAAUCCCGACGGAGUCUACCUGGGCAAUUACAGGUGUUCUCUGAUGGGCUUCGACCUGAAUCGACACUGGCAGGAUCCCUCUCCGUGGGCCCACCCCACACUGCACGCUGUGAAACAACUCAUAGUGCAGAUGAACCAAGACCCGAGAGUCAGUUUGGAGUUCUACAUUGAUGUUCAUGCCCACUCCACUAUGCUGAACGGUUUUAUGUAUGGCAACGUGUUUGAGGACGAGGAGCGCGUCCAGAGACAGGCUGUCUUCCCCCGACUGCUGUGCCAAAACGCGCCAGACUUCUCCUUUUCCAACACUUCCUUUAACCGUGACGUGGUGAAGGCCGGUACCGGUAGGCGUUUCCUUGGCGGUCUUCUCGACGACACGUCCUACUGCUACACUCUCGAGGUGUCCUUCUACAGCUACAUGACAGCUGGCAGCACCGCUCCUGUUCCCUACACUGAGGAGACAUACAUGAAGUUGGGCAGGAAUGUGGCUCGAACCUUCCUGGAUUACUACAAACUCAAUAACUUAAUUAAGGACAACAGACCAACUCCUAUUCAAAGUUCUGGGGUGAUGUCCCAGACAGGCAAUGGUGUUGGCAGAGACACAGCAGACAGAGAGAAGGAGAAGAGCGAAAGUGUCGGGCACUAGACAGCCAGCCAGACGGACACAGGCAGAGCAUGUAUAAAAUGCAGAGCACUGUGGCAGGAGGAUCCUUCACACUUCAUUGUGUUUAUAAGCUCCACAUCUCCCUGGCUAUAAAGACUUAUUUUCACAGAUUUGUAACAGUGGGAUGACUGGUACUUGUAGGACUAAACCCAGAAGAGGCUUCCUCCAGGGUUAUAAAGCAUGGACUGUUGAAUACCAAGAGGAGACAGACUGGUUAUUCAUCUACAUUUCCAUCCAAGGCCUUCAUUUGGCAGCUUAUUUUUUUGUUGAGAAGAAAAAAGUGCAUGAGCUCCUAUUGUUUUUUCCCCUUUUCCCCCCCAAUUUAAAUGUUGUCUCUGAUUGUAUUAUAAUUAGUCAUUAAACAUUAAAGCACUUAA